AGGAAGGUAUUUCAGAGGGAGGUGCACAGUUCACCCAGUCACAGGCUCGAGCGCACACUGCGUGGAAGCCGGUGUGCGUGCGCGUGAGAGAGAGAGAGAGAGAGAGAGAGCUGCAGAAAACUGGAACACGACGACGUUCAGAACUCAAUGCAGCGUUUUGGAGCAGGAAUGUUUUUCAUCUGAACUCGAAAUAUUCGAAUUUGGAUAUUAGAUAAUCUGGAUUAUAUUUGUUUGAUCCGGUUUUGUUUUGGUUGUUUUUAGGGUUUUUUUGCUCACACUGGACAGAUUGUUGCGCUAGGAUCAUAUCAAUCGGACAUUGUGUUGUUGUUGUUGUUGUUGUUUUCUUGUUCUUUCUCUUGGUAUACACAUCAUGAUGAAGUUCAUCAUCCUCGCGCACAAAUCAACGAUGGACUGAUUUUGUUUGUAAUCUUUAGAGCGCGAGCAGGAAGCGAGGACGCUUCACGAUGUCCCAAGCCGAAGUGCAUGCGGCAGGAAUCCCGUUCCCCAAGCUGCCCUCCAGCUUCGACGCCGAUUCUUUCCUCUCGGCUCGUCUGGCGCUCAGGCGGCGGAGACACUCGGCGAGUUCGAGACGAAACGCGUUCCGGUUUAACAAAAUGCCCACAGCGGAGGAGAGCACCGGCUCGUCCCGCGAGCGCGUCUCGCCUAUCCUCAGCAAAACCCUGUCCUGGUCGGCGGACGACAUUUCAUCCGCGGAACCAAAAAAGGUAAAGAAGAAGAGCGGCGCAGGAGUAACGCCGGCGCCUGGAGCCACAGCGGAGAAGCACUGCGCGCGCUCGUCCCGCUCCAGCUCGAGCUCUCCUCCGCGCCGCGCGCAGCGACACUCCGGCAUCGCCGCCGCAACGGGCUCGAGCUCCGCAGCGCCGCACGGCAGCACCGACUCCGACGAGGAAUGCACGCCUAAAAAAGCGCCCGAGAUCAACAAGUGGGAGCAGGAGAAAGAGGACGAGGUGGAAACCAAAGCGGUGGCAACUUCACCAGACGGCAGGUUCCUCAAGUUCAACGUGGAGAUCGGGAGAGGUUCCUUCAAGACCGUCUACAAAGGACUGGACACCGAGACCACCGUGGAGGUCGCGUGGUGCGAGCUACAGACGCGGCGGCUGAGUAAAGCAGAGCGUCAGCGCUUCAGUGAGGAGGUGGAGAUGCUGAAGGGGCUACAGCACCCCAACAUCGUUCGCUUCUAUGACUCAUGGAAGUCCACCGUUAAAGGCCACAAGUGCAUCAUCCUGGUUACUGAGCUGAUGACGUCAGGAACGCUGAAGACAUACCUGAAAAGAUUUAAAGAGAUGAAGCUGAAACUCCUUCAGCGCUGGAGCCACCAGAUCCUGAAAGGCCUCCAUUUCCUGCACACACGAACUCCACCCAUCAUCCACCGAGACCUCAAGUGUGACAACAUCUUCAUCACAGGUCCCACCGGAUCAGUCAAGAUUGGAGAUUUGGGUCUGGCCACGCUCAAAAGUGCCUCCUUUGCUAAGAGCGUCAUUGGCACACCCGAAUUCAUGGCUCCGGAGAUGUACGAGGAGAAAUACGAUGAGGCGGUGGACGUGUAUGCCUUCGGGAUGUGCAUCCUGGAGAUGACAACAUCGGAAUAUCCGUACUCGGAAUGCCAGAACGCAGCCCAGAUCUACCGCAAAGUCACCAGCGGCAUGAAGCCGGACAGUUUUUUUAAAGUGAAAGUCCCGGAGCUGAAGGAGAUCAUUGAGGGCUGCAUCCGCAUGAACAAGCAGGGGAGGUACACCAUCCAGGACCUGUUAGAGCACCCCUUCUUCCAGGAGAACAAUGGCGUCCACGUGGAGCUGGCCGAGGAGGACGACAUGGUGAAGUCCGGGCUGAAGCUCUGGCUCCGGAUGGACGACACCAAGAAGCUUCACGGCAAAUACAAAGACAACAACGCCAUCGAGUUCCUGUUCGAGCUCUACAAGGACGUCCCCGAGGAGGUGGCUCAGGAGAUGGUGGUGCUUGGUUUUGUGUGUGAUGCCGACUACAAGCUGGUGGCCAAAGCCAUCCGUGACCGUGUGACUGCUAUCAAGCGUCAGCGCGAGAAGCUCCGCCGGCUGGUCGAUGAGGAGCAGAGGAGGCGUCAGGACGAGGUGAUCGAGGAGGAACCCGAGUCCGUUCCCGAGGCAGAGCCUCUCGCAUCGAACCUCCCGUCCCUUCAGCCGCAGAUGUCAGCGGAGAGCGGUGUGUUCAGCCCGGUCCCCAUGACCCCCACAGUGACUGUCUCCGCUCCGCUCCUGUCCACCGCUAACAGCUCUAUGGACUCGGGGAUUAACGCUAGCUUCACCACGGAACCCGAGGAACUGGACACAGAGCACCAUCCACACUAUCACAUCCGCCAGGCCUGCUACUCCUCCGCCACGUCGGACUGCGAGACGGACGGCUACCUCAGCUCCUCCGGCCUCCAAGAGCCGCCCGAAGCUCCAACGCCGAGCUCCGCCCCCUCAGUCACAGAGCCGCCCACUGAACCCAUUAACACCGACGCACCAGGUGUUGAAGCUCCACCCACAGAAGCUUCGCCUGACAAGGACGAUCUAAUCCCAGCUCUCCGCUUUCCCUCAAGCAUUGCCGUAUCCCACAAUUCGGAGCGAGCACACUCCAGUGGUGCCAGCGGCUUCUCGUCUCCCGUCGACAGUUAUGCCUCCGAUGUGACGUCAGGUUUGAGUGACGGGAAUGAGGGCUUAUCAGAGAUGAGCAGCAAAGGUCCCAACAAGCGCACAGGAAGUAAACUGCUGAGGAAGAGAGCUCGCUCACGGCUGCGUAUCACAGGGUUGUCCGAUAAGGUGGACCGGGUGGUGGAGUGCCAGCUUCAGACUCACAACAGCAAGAUGGUGACCUUUAAAUUUGACCUGGACGGAGACAAUCCAGAGGACAUUGCCACCGUCAUGGCGCAUAACGAGUUCAUCCUGCCGUCAGAGAAGGAGGGAUUUAUUCACCGCAUGAGGGACAUCAUUCGCCGCGCCGAGGCCCUGAUGAGAAGGGAGCCUUUAGAGCCUCUCGGGCCUGGAAACGUCCUCCGUCUGCCCUACCUGAGUGGAGUAGGAACUCUUUCAGGCUCUCAGCCCAACCUGCAUACCCAGGGGCUGGCCCGCACACACUCGUCCUCCUCUCUGCCAGAUUACACUGCAGGUCAGGUAACUCCAUGCCCCUCCCCCGGAGUGGGCGGAGACUAUUACCUCGAUCCUGAUGCAGCAGUGCCUGUGCGUCCGCUCCGCUCGCAGUCUUUCCACACCUCAGAUUACACAGCCACACAGGUGGGUCAGGUAACUCCAGGCCCCUCCCCCGUGGUGGGCGGAGAUUAUUACCUUGAUCCUCAUGCAGCUGUACCUGUGCGUCCACUUCGCUCACAGUCUUUCCACACCUCAGAUUACACGGCCACACAGGUGGGUCAGGUAACUCCAGGCCCCUUCCACGGGGUGGGUGGAGACUAUUACCUUGAUUCUGAUGGGGGUGUACCCUUGCGUCCGCUUCGCUCACAGUCUUUCCACACCUCAGAUCAUACAGCUGUGAAUGCAGGUCAGGUGACCCAUGGCUCCUCCCCUGGGUUGGGCAGAGAAUUUUACCCGGACCCUGAUAUGGGACCACCUGUCCGCCCAUUUCGUUCUCAGUCCUUCCACACAUCAGGUUCAUCUCAGCCCUACGUUGCUCCUACAUCCCAUUACCCCCAGUACCCCAAACCUGAAGCCCUGCCCCUACUUCCUAAUCACGUUCCCAACAUGCCCCCUCAGUACCCCAACCCCCAGUACAUCACCAAUCCAGCUUAUCCAUACCCCUUUAUGGUCAACCAGGCUCCCCUUAAAGGCUCCAUCAACCCAGCACCAAACCCUGUUCCACAAAACCCAAGCAGCUCCAACCUCACUCCAUAUCCCACACCUCACACACCCCAGCACCCAGCAGGCGAUGUGGUUCCUCCCGAGAGCAGCCCAAUGCUGCCCCCUGGUGCCCACACCUUGCCUCCCAACACACAGACUCCAGGAAUGUGGCCUGCCCAUUCCCAGCAGCCGCUCUUCUCCCUGGCCAAUGUACUGUCUCUGGCUAUGACCAUGGCGCAGUCCUUCAUACCCCCAACAACCAUGCCAAAUGGCCUGCCCCAGGCUUACAUGCCUCCCCUGGCACCCCAGCCUGGUUACCCAGCCAUGUUUGGAGCCCAGCAUCUUGCUCCAGGUCAGAAAGAAGCUCCACCUCACCAAGAUAUAUCCCAGCAUCAGGAGGCCCAGGCACCAGCUCAGGCUCAGAGUGUGACCACAAGUACACCAGACACUACAUCAGGAUCACCAGUGGCAGGCAGCCAGCCCAGCGUGAGCCCUCAUGAGGGGCAGGAGAAGAGCUCCUCCACUUCCUCUUCCUCCUCAUCAUCAUCCUCUUCACCAUCCUGCAACUCCAUUGAGUCCUCCAGUCCUGCCACACCACACAACACAGUAUCUCCACCCAGCCAUAGAAUGUCUCCGUCUCAGAAUGUGUGUGAUGCUACAACUAAAGAAAAGCUGUCUCCGAUAUCAGAGGAACAAAAACCCACCCUCACUGUGGGACGCUUCCAGGUCACUCCCAGCAAAGAUGAAGCCACACCCACAACCUGCUCUCCCCGCCCCCCAACACCUCCUCCAGCCUCAGCGCCUUCCAACAACAGCCAAUCAGACAGCAGCACUGAGGAGCAGGGCGAAUCAGAGACCAGCCUCAUCUUGUCCAUGUCUACUCCUAACAAACCCUCAGACAGGGACUCGAGCAUCGCCCCCUGCUGCAGCGGAGAAGCAGUGACCUCAGAGAGUAAAGAGGUGGACACUGAGGAGGGGAAGGAGGAGGAAGGAGGUGAAGAGGAAGGCAGAGAGGGUGAGAGGAGGCAGAGGAGGAUCAGUGUGAGCCUUGUGGAAGGAAGCACGCCGGGGAUAGUGAUCGGAAACGUGAGUCAGCCAUGGAUUAGCUACACGCGCAGUGCAUCGUAUGCUAGUAGUGACGAGACUGAGAGCGACAGCGAGGACAUGUGGGAGGAGCUACAGGAACUCCGAGAGAGACACCUGGGUGAAGUUCAGGCUCUGCAGGCGUCUCAGAAGCGGGAGAUUGAGGAGCUGUAUGAGAAGAUGGGGAAAGUUCCUCCUCCAGGCAUUGUGUCUCCGGCGGCCAUGUUGUCCAGCAGACAGCGACGUCUCUCUAAGAGCGGAGGAUUUCCAUCAUCACGCAGGAACAGCCUUCAGAGACUAGACAUACUGCCUCCUGCAGGUAUUAUGAGGAAGAACUCGAUCAGUGGCAGCAGUAACGGCUCUCAGGACCGGGCAGCUAAAGGAGUGACCUUCGCUUCAGACUACAGAGUGUGAUCCUGUUCUCACAAACAAUCCCCAUUAAUCUUUCCUGACCACAUCACCUGACAGGAAGUGACAUCACGGCCUUGUCUCGAGCAGUAACAUUCCUCCAGGUGGACGGCGGAUUGCUGGUGUGAGUCUGAGUGAAAGGACGGAGAGUGGGUUUCCUCCAGCAGCUGGAAAUGGGAGAGAUUAGGGAGAGGGGGGUGAAUAUUUUCGAGCAUCACCUCACAUUACCUUUCCAUCACCUGAAGUAUUAACACUGCAGGGGGUCGUGUUCACUCACAGUCUCAUCUCACCUUCUUACACCCGAGGAGGAAGGGGCGGAGUCAAACUGCUCAACUUUAUGACACCUAAACCAGCUGAGCUCUCUGAGUGGGAGGGGCUUACUCUCUCUCUCUCUCUCUCUCUCUCUCUCUCCUGUCAGUCACAGAGACAGCAGCCAAUCGUAAACCUCCAUGAGCUCACGUAUGCAGAUGAGGGCAGAUAGCACUUUCCUCCACACGCCUAUCUGUGGAAAAUAUAUUCAGCUUUUUUAUUAGAUUUGUUUUUUUAUCUCCUUUAGUAUGAAAUCAUUGACAAACUUUUUUUUGUCUUUGUCAUAUAAUUAAUUUUUUUUAAUUGAUAAAUAGCAAAUUACAGACCCUUACUUUGUCCACUCGCAGCUAAUAUUCAAUUAAUACCAAAGACAAACAAACAAACAAAUAAAGAAAUAAAAAUAAAUUAAAAAAUGUAAGAGGUAUUAUUAAAAAGGUAAUUAAAUAAUAUAUUAAUUAUUAAUUAAUUAAUAAUUAAUUUAUUCAUCAAUUGAUUUAUUAUUUAUUUAUUAUUAAUUAUUUUCUUCAAUUAAUUAAUUAAUUACUAUGAAUUUCAAAAGAAAUUAAUUAAUAAGUAAUUUAUUAAUGAAUUAAAUCAAGUUAAAUUACAUUGUGGCUCUCACACACACACACACACACACACACACGUGCUUUAAAAUGCAUUUAUGUUUCAUGUCAAGCUCUACACACUGUCACAUGACCUGGUGAUGAGGUUUAUAUUUUGCCCAACCUAAAGAACAAAAUGCUGAUUUAUUAUUAUUAAUAAUAAUAAUAAUAAUAAUAAUAAUAAUAAUAA